AUGCUCUCCCGCCAGCUCGCGCGGCGUGUGUACUGCGCUGCGCCCCGCCGCUGGUCGCACUCCCCCGCCGCGGCCCUCAGCGGCCUCAACACGGUCACCGAGGAGGACCUGGCGCACUUUGCCAAAAUCCUGCCCUCCUCCGCCAUCCUCUCCACUCUAUCUCCCAGUGCGACACCCGUCGCGGAGCUAGAGCCGUUCAACAAUGACUGGAUGAACAAGUACCACGGCAAGUCGACGACCGUCCUCAAGCCCCGCACCACACAGGAGGUCAGCGAGAUCGUCAAGUGGUGCAACCAGCGCCGGAUAGGCCUCGUCCCCCAGGGCGGGAACACCGGCCUUGUCGGUGGAGGCGUCCCAAUAAAGGACGAGCUUGUCCUCAGUCUUUCCAACAUGACCAAGGUCCGGUCAUUUGACGAUGUCUCAGGCAUCUUGGUUGCGGAUGCUGGCUGCAUCCUGCAGUCCCUGUCAGACUACCUCACACCGCACAAUCACAUCGUGCCUUUGGACCUCGGUGCGAAGGGCAGCUGCCAAAUAGGCGGAAACGUUUCCACGAAUGCCGGCGGUCUUCGGCUACUCCGCUACGGGUCGCUGCACGGCUCUGUCCUCGGCCUCGAAGUCGUGCUUCCCGAUGGCACCAUCCUGGAUCAGCUUACCUCAUUACGAAAGGACAAUACCGGCUAUGACCUGAAGCAACUAUUCAUCGGCGCAGAGGGUACUCUCGGUGUCGUCACUGGUGUUUCGAUCCUUGCCGCACCCGCGCCUCAGGCGUCCAACAACGUCAUGCUCGCCCUGCCGAAGUUCGAGAACGUCCUGCCGCUUUACAAGGAAACGAAGCGCCAACUGUCCGAGAUUCUGUCCGCGUUCGAGUUCAUGGACAGGACUGUCUAUGACCUCGCUGUGAAGCAUGGUCAGGGCCGUGCUUUGGACCCCUCGGAGGUCGAGGGCGCCGCAUGCUUCGUUCUCGUGGAGACCAGCGGUGGCAAGCGAGAGCACGACGAGGAGAAACUGAACAACCUGCUCGAGAGCCUCAUGGAGGCUGAAGAGCCGUUGAUCAACACGGGUGUACUGGCGUCGUCACCUGCCCAGUUCUCUGCACUUUGGGCUAUCCGGGAGGGCCUCACCGAGGCGGUGUCGAAGGAGGGCAAGGCAUACAAGUACGACAUCUCGGUUCCCCUCGACAAGUUCCAGGAAGUCGUCGACAAGACCAGGGAGCACUUGCGGCAGCAAGGCGUUCUGCAUGAAAAGGCCGUCAAGUAUGUCGUCGGGUAUGGUCAUGUCGGAGACGGUAAGCUGUCUUGA